AUGCUGGACCUGAUCACGAUCAUCUCCGCGGCAGGAUUGCAGCAGGAGCUGAAGACGGCCAACGGAGACAAGAGCUUGGUGAUUCAUGAGGAGUCCGAGGAGGGAAGCUUCGUGGAGAGUGCUGCCAGCCACGUAUCCGCUGCUUUGGAGUCCUUCGACGAGGCUGUGUCGCAGGGCAUGAGCGCCCUUUUCGGUGGGAGCUCCUCCUCUUCCUCGGAGGAGGUUCCUGUUGCCCCGAAGAAGGUCGACUGA